AUGGCUCCUCGAAAUUACUUAUGCUUAGUUUUGACAAUUUUCUUGUCUGUCUUUGCCCUUUCUCCUAUGCCAACAAUUGCAGUAAUCCCAAGAUCUUCCAAGGUUAAGGUUCCACUUCCAGCACCUUCGUCAAAACUAGUGGCACAAUUAUGCAAUGGCAAGUCAAUCCUGAACAGACGGUUCUGCCUGAAAGCUCUUUCCAAUCCUGAAGCAGCAGUUGCGAAGGAUUUGAACCAACUUGCAAACGUUCUGAUGAAAUUAGCAGCGUCAAAUGCUCAAGCUACGCUCAAUGUAAUCAAUGACAUGGUUAAGCAGCCAUGCUCACCCCAGUCUCUGAAAGCUCUUCAAACUUGUGUGGACGUCUACAAAUAUGCAAUCCGAUCAUUUGGAAUGAUAUUUGCUGAAUUCAGUGAAGAUCCCAUGACCGCAAACUAUGAUGUAAGCGUUGUUGGUCCUGAGGCUGAUAAUUGUGAAAACGCAAUGGCAGCUGCAAAGAUUCAAGCACCCCGAAUUUCUGCUGGAAAUCGGUUUUUGCAUUAUUAUUCUUCCAUGGGAUCUGAAAUAACAGCAUCCGUUUGA